AUGAUAUCAAUGUGUUUCUGGAUGACUGCCUGGACAACAGAGUUCAGCUUUUGGGAGAUUGACUGGGCUAUGAAGUGUACCUUUCUACUCUGCAGAGGCUGGAAAGGCAAAAAUGAUGGCUAAGACUUCCUUGCAGCCGCUGAUACAGAAGCCUGAGGGAACACACUCCCCCUACCUCCUUCUCCAACACAGCAGAGCCAGGAAGGACCCGGAUGGAAGUUAGGACAAAGAGGCCCAGAAUUGGCACAGAUACCAACAGACCAUCCGUUGAAGAAGAAAUCCAAAUGGCCACAAGGUGGAUGUAAAAAUGCUCAGUUGCACCAACAGCCAGGGGAAGCAAGGGAAAACAAUGAUACACAGUUUUAUACUCAUCAGAUUGGGAAGAAUUGACAAAUGUGAUAUUAUCGAGUGCUGGCUAUGGUGCCGCUAGGAAUGUAAACUGGCACAUCCAUUGAAGAGAGUAUUUUGGGAAUGACUAGUAGCGUUGAAAAUGUGCACGCCCCUCAUCGGACCUAUGCAAUAUUCUUACAAAAAACAUUUAACCUGAUAAUCAUGAGGAAGCAACAGGCAAAUCCAAAUUGGUGAGUAUUCUGCAAGACAACCGGUCUGGAUUCAAGAGCAUCAAUGUCGUUUUAAAAAAGAAACCAGAUUAAGUCUGGGCGUGGUGGCUCACACCUGUAAUUCCAGCACUUUGGAAGGCUGAGACAGGUGGAUCAUUUGAACUCAGGAGUUUGAGACGAGACUGGGCAACAUGGUGAAACCCCGUUUCUACAAAAAAUUAUCCAGGCAUGGUGGCAUGUGCCUGUGGUCCCAGCUACUGGGAGGAUCGCUUAAGCCCAGGAAGCUGAGGCUGCAGUGAGCUGAGACUGCACCACUGCACUCCAGCCUGGGUGACAGAGUGAGACCUCAGCUCAAACAAGAAAGAAAGAAAGAAAGAAACCAGAUUAAAGAACUUUCUAGAUUAAAGGACACCAAAGAGCCACAACAAUUAGAUGCAAUGCCUGAUUCUUGUUUGGAUUCUGGAUCGGAAAAAAGCCAACAAAUUGGAUAUAAAAACCAUUAUUGGGACAAUAGGGGAAAUUUAUAUAUCAGAUAGUUUUACUGUAUACUAGAUACAGUAUUGUGUUCAUGUUCUUGUCCCUGCCAAGACUGAUGAGCCCCCAUGGACUCAGACAGUCAAGAUUCUUAGCAGGCUGUCAGAGCCUGAACAAGGUUCUGAGCCCAGGACUAAGGUAGGGGUUACUUCGGGCUGAGGGGAUUAGCAAAGGCUUGUGAAGUGGCUAAAGCCGUGACCUGGAUAUUUCAGGACUCAAAUCCACCCGCAUUGGAAUUCUCUGGGUGACUGCCCAGCCCCUUUGGCAGGACAGCCAGCCACAGGCCCUGAUUGUGCAGGACUUCCUGCCCCUGCAAAGGCAGUCGGGGGCUGAGCAGGGUUCUACCCGGCUGGGUUCAGGCAGAAGUUUUUCCUCCCCACCUCCGGGUUUGUCCUCAUCAUCGGUCACUCCCAUUCACAGCUUUAAGACUCUGGAGGCCAAGAAUUUGACUUCCCCCAGAUCCAUGGUCUGUGGAUACCAAUGUUCUGACUGGAGACGGGGAGCCAGCGAGAUCCGGGGCUCCAGGGUCUGCCCAAGGAAGUUGCUCAUGGGAGCAGACCUCUAGAGCAGGAUUUGAGGCCAGGUCCAAGAGAACCCCAGAGAUGAAAGGCCUCCUCCCACUGGCUUGGUUCCUGGCUUGUAGUGUGCCUGCUGUGCAAGGAGGCUUGCUGGACCUAAAAUCAAUGAUCGAGAAGGUGACAGGGAAGAAUGCCCUGACAAACUAUGGCUUCUACGGCUGUUAUUGCGGCUGGGGCGGCCGAGGAACCCCCAAGGAUGGCACCGAUUGGUGCUGUUGGAUGCAUGACCACUGCUAUGGGCGGCUGGAAGAGAAGGGCUGCAACAUUCGGACACAGUCCUACAAAUACAGAUUCGCGUGGGGCGUGGUCACCUGCGAGCCCGGGCCCUUCUGCCAUGUGCAGCUCUGUGCCUGUGACCGGAAGCUCGUCUACUGCCUCAAGAGAAACCUACGGAGCUAUAACCCACAGUACCAAUACUUUCCCAACAUCCUCUGCUCCUAGGCCUCCCCAGCGAGCUCCUCCCAGACCAAGACUUUUGUUCUGUUUUUCUACAACACAGAGUACUGACUCUUCCUGGUUCCUGAGAGAGGCUCCUAAGUCACAGACCUCAGUCUUUCUCGAAGCUUGGAGGACUCCAGGGCCACACUGUACCCUCCAGCGAGUCCCAGGAGAGUGACUCUGGUCAUAGGACUUGGUAGGGUCCCAGGGUCCCUAGGCCUCCACUUCUGAGGGCAGCCCCUCUGGUGCCAAGAGCUCUCCUCCAACUCAGGGUUGGCUGUGUCUCUUUUCUUCUCUGAAGACAGCGUCCUGGCUCCAGUUGGAACACUUUCCUGAGAUGCACUUACUUCUCAGCUUCUGCGAUCAGAUUAUCAUCACCAUCACCCUCCAGAGAAUUUUUACGCAAGAAGAGCCAAAUUGACUCUCUAAAUCUGGUGUAUGGGUAUUAAAUAAAAUUCAUUCUCAAGGCUAAUAAAAACCACAUUGGCAUUUUCCUCUGCUGUGGGGGAUCGCUGGUGCCUCCUUCUCUGCCGCUGGGGCAAUAAACCCAAAGAUGUCUACAUUAUCUCAGAGACAGAAAGGAAGAUUAGUAAAUGCAGGGUUUUCUGGGAUGAGCUUCAGGCUUUCUCUUGGGCUCAUUUCCUUAAACCUUGGGGUCCUCUCCAGUAUUGGGUCUCAUUCUUCCUCGAUGGGGUCGGGGAAAGAUAACUGGUGAUUAUGCCAGCUUCAGCUUCCAGGCCAGAGAGGGUGGCACUCAAAUCCCAGUGCUGGCUUCUUCAGCUGUGUGGUCUUGGACCCAUUACUGAACCUCUUUGACUUUCAGUCUCUUUGAGAAAGAAACUGUCUUGUUUCUUGCAAUGUAAAAUGAGACUUCUAAAGCCCACCUUGAUGCUGAUAUGGAGAAUGCUGAGGUUCUAGGAUUUCACACAGCAGGAAUUUUUUUUAAUAGGUGUCAACUGUGGGGUUUAUUUUUUACAAAGUAAGGACAUUAAAAAAACCAACCCAUCCAUCAAUUCAUGAAAGAAAGGAUGUUCUGAUAGAUGAACUGAAAGAUAGAUGAACUGACUGAAAGAAGAAAGGAUGUAUUCCAAAACAAAGGAACGUCCUUCCAAGAAAGGACCUAUGCCUUCUUUAUUCCGACAUACCCCAAAAUAACUGCAUGAUAAAUAGGGUCUAUAUUUAAAAAGCUCUAGUGUUGAAUGUUUUCAAAAUAAAAUUUAAUUUUAUGAGAUUACCCUGAA